CGCCUCUUCCAACACGCGUCAUUACACCAAGUACCUUUCUUCAUCCUUUAAAAUCCACAAACCCAAAAUGUGUACUGCUUAAAACCAGCAAUGUCGAUUAAUUAACCAAACGACUUACUGUACUUCAUCCAUAAGCAAUGUUCUUUUUCUUUUUUUUCUUUUUUUUUUUUUAUUACUUAACCUGAAAUAGAGAGUGCGGGUCAAUCUAUUACCAGAUGGAGACUUGGUUCAAGGAUGUUGGUAGACCUGCCCUGCUCGAUGCUUUAAACGGAGUCUGUAAUCGAAUUGAUGAUGAGCUCGGUGAAGGGCUCAAAUCCUAUAGAGACGAAAAUGCUCGGCUUUCUUCUGAACUCCAAAAUCUGAGGUCUAAGAUUUCUGACGCAGACCGGCUGAAGGAGGAGAACCUUGCUCUGAAGAGGGAGGUCCAGAAGCUUAGGGGCAAUAAUCGUGCCGGCGCUUCGUCCCUGGAUCGCACUAGGGAUGCUCGAUCACCUCUUACACCCAAAUCUGUGAAUCAAGUUUCAAAUCUUAAGUUAUCUACCAAAUCUGGAAAUCCCAAUGUUGAUGAACUGGACUUGACUGGACUCAAAGAGGAGUAUAUAAAACUGAACGGGAACUAUACUAAAUUACAUGCCAAGUAUUUGGAGCUUGAGGAUGCUCACUCGAAAUUGAACCAGCGACUUCGAGAAAAGACGAAAGCUUAUAAUCAAUGGAUGGAUCAUGCAAACCAGUUAGAUGAACUAUGCAAAAAGCGUAGUCGGAUAAUCAAAAAGUUGGAAGCCAAGUUGGACUCCGCGGCCGCAGUAGCUUCCGGACCAUUCGACGAGAGCUUUUCUUCGGACACACCGGUUCCACCUUUGCGUAAACCUCAAGUGGCUGCUCGCGAAUCCGUCGACUCUGAUGUUCACGAUGACCAGGGGGCCACGCGGUUUACCCCUUCAUUGGAGAGAGCUCCCCCAGGACAGCCAACAGCCAUCAAGGUCGGCAGAAAUAGAAACAAUUCUCCUGAUAGAGUAUCAUCGGAGCCGAUAAGAGCAAAGACGGUAUCGCGGGUUAGUCCAGAGAGAAAUACUACCACUGUCUCGGAAAGUUGCAUCAGCACCGUGGAUGGGGAAUCAUAUCAAUUGCCACCUCUCCCACAGAACCGAGAUACCAAUGCGGCAGAGGCGCUCAUUAAGACCGAACCCUCCUCUGACCCCCCGGUUAUCGUGUCGGAGCGUUGCGUGCGCAAAAGAAAACACGAUGACCGGACUGAAAACAUUACUAACAUUAAAACGGAAGACAGCUUCGAUCCUCUAGUUAUAGAUGAACGGCCUCAUUUUAUGCCACAGGAGAGCAUUGAUUUUGAUGCUGAUGGAGUCAGGGUAGUCACACCAAGGAAGCGAAAUAAGACGAGUCUUGAAUCUGCAAACUUGACAGUUUCAGGCUCGGUCAAAAUUCCCGAGUCGCACGCUAGCUUUAACCCACUUGGCCGGUUAGAAGACCUUGGAAGCGAUGCGACAAGGAGAAGAGCUUUAUUCUCAGAUGGGGGUCUUGACACCCCGAAAGCUACCACGAAGAGACCUAAGGUAGCCCGUCUUAAGGAUCUCCUCAACACCCCUUCGCCAGGUCAAGCGGCUAUUCAUACAUCACUUGGUGUACAAUCAGACCCUACGCAUUUAUCGAAGCGAUUCGAGUUUCAAGCUCCGGAGAGGCGUGAACUACCUUUUAAUCAGGGCGAUCCAAAGAAAACAUUUAAGUUGCUUCAACCUCGCGUUACUUCAGAGGCCCUACGUGAGCAACAAACUCCUGGAAACGUGAGCGCGAAGCGGCAACCUGGUGACAAGGCAAAAGGUAGCACGACUAAUAGUGCUCGGCCUUUGCGAGAGCGUCCCAAAUCUGAACUUGGGAUCGCCGAUUUCAAAAUUAACCCGCGUUCUAAUGAAGGGUAUGACUAUGCCUUUACCGACGUUGUUCGAAACAAGAAUGAACGAGCCAACUUGGAGGGAUGCGUUCAAGAUGGAUGCUGCGGCGAGGCAUUCCGGCUGCAAGCACGAGCCAAGCGCGACCAGACAGGACCGGUAGACUUCCAAGCCUUGUUAGAGAAACACUUAGGUGACGAAGCCUGGAAGCUAUCAACUAUGACUAAAGUAGAGAAGGAAGAUAUGUGGUUUGAAGCUAAGACGCGAGAGCUUGCCAACGAACAUGGCAGACAUCGCCACAGAUUUCAUCGUGCUGCAUCGCCAGUAGGUUUCUGGCGGGCAGAUUUUCCAAGCACUCAAGAGGAACAACGAGAUAGAGAAGAAGCGGCGAAGGUGACACGUCGGAUUAUUGAUGAAAGAUAUCGAGAGGCUAUGCGACCUGGUGGAAGAUGGAUUUUUAGAGAUGAGUAGAGAGUACCUUAUUUUCUAUUGGAACUUGAAGAUGAUGAUUCAGGGGCAACACUACGGCACACUUCGUUUUGCUGGCAUGAGGAACACAUGUACAGCCAUGGAAAUUAGUAUAUUAUAGCAUAGCAUAGCAUAACAUCGCAUGGCAUCGUGGCUUUUAUCAAAAGAGGGUUUCAUAUAGAUGCGUAGGUGCCUAGUAGGUAGAAAAGGGGGAUUCAUACAUAAUACAUAGGAGUUCUGACCUUUGAC